ACCUGGAUUGGCUUUCAUGGGGGAACAUUUUAUGGGGAAUGCAAAAAAGUUGUUUUUCAAUCUCUGAUGAGCAAGCAACAUAGAAAACAUGGAGCUUGAAACAUCAGAUGUGGAGAAAAGCUUUGACGAGAGCAUUCGAUUCUUUAGUGAGCCGUCAGAUACGAGCGGUAAUCUCAGCAAACACAUUAGUGGAAAGAGAUUCAUUUGUCAUUUGUGCCACGAUCACUUUCAUGGAUUCGACCAAUGUCUGCAACAUAUGAAUGAGGUUCAUAAAGACCAAGAGAACAAAUUCUCCUGUAUCGCUUGUCCGCGAUAUUUCAAAAGGAACGAUCACUUAAAAAGACAUUUUGAAGGGCACGUGCUUGAAGAUCAAAACCCGAAACUUUGGAAGACCCGAUUUCAAUUUCAGUGUUGUUUGUGUCCUGAAAUAAAACUUGGGUUGGAUUCAAGUCUAAAACACAUGCAUGACAAGCACGAUCUGGAAUCUACAAAUACAGACGCUCGGGACAUAAUGCAAGGGCGAUAUCAAUGUAUAUUGUGCCCAACACGAUUCCAAGAUGAAAAUGACAUCGAGACUCACCUUUGGAACCAUAUCAGCGCCCAAUUUGACCAAGGCCCCUGCGGAAAAUCAGUGUCGAAGAAUUGGGCUGAAAAUCAUAUUUGGCCUUGUAAGUUAUGCCAAUCAUCUCCAUCAACGGAAUCCGACUGCCAGAUGAAUGGCAUUACCAAUUAUAUCCAACACAUGAAGAUGAACCAUAAAUAUGCCACAGGCUGGAUUUGUCCCAAGUGUCAAAAAGACCGAUUUCAGACAAAGCAACAUUUCAAGGCCCACCUCUUCACGCACGUAAGCCAGAAAGUGGCCUGUGAGCUUUGCGGGAAAUUGAUCUCCGAUGAAAGUAAAAUGAAGCGUCAUGUGAAAGAAGUGCAUGUUAAAGUAAAGAAUCACAUGUGUAAGGAAUGCGGUAAGCGGUUUUCUCGUCCAGAGAAACUACGUACCCAUGAGAUUAUCCAUCUCUCCCACGAUUCUCGUCCGUAUUUAUGCCAUGAGUGCGGAAAGGCCUUUGGCCGAUCAGAGCACAUGUUGAGACACUCCCGGAUCUGCGGGCGUCGAAGAGCCAUGGCGUUUGAUUUGAGCACGCCGGAUACACCGCGAAAGAAGUUCCUUCGCUUAGGAUUCGAGAUCGGAGUUGAUGGAUUGGUCAAGGAUCCCCAGACCAAUAUGUAUCCGUGUCCAGAGUGUUCUCAUCAAUACAAGGAUCGGCGUUAUGUGGUGGAACAUGUUGCUCGGAAACAUCGCGGGAAGAAUCAGGAUGAAAGUUUUCGGUGCGAGCUUUGUGAACUAGACUUCAAAGUGUUGAAAGAUUUGGAGCGACAUAAAGUAGGAUGCACGGUGCCUAAAGGAAGUUCAAAGUCAGUGCUUGGCGCCAAAGUAAAGCAAUUCCACAUGGAUGGACAAGUUGCAGCUCAUGAUGCAAAGUUGAAUGCAAUGCACUUCAAAUCUGAUCAAUGUCAAUUAGAGUCUGGCCGAGACAUCACUCUUAAAUUCAUCAUGAAAGCGCCUCAUGAAGAUAACAGAAAGCUGCCUUCAACGACCGUGCCCAUCUCGAUGGAAUGUGAAAAUCGAAAAUCAUCAAAAUAUAACGAACCUUCAACUGCAGAUAUAAACGAGGAAUGCGAGGUUUACGGUGAGGGUUUGAAUGAUGAGAUAGCUUUACAUCAACGCAUCAUUGUCGACAAAGUCCCUAGUCAAAACUUGGCUUUGACCCAGAAGCUCAAAGGAGAAUUUGCCGAGGCCUCCAUGAAAGUUCAAGAGAAGUUGAACCAACAAGCCAGGACUGAAAUGGAACCCAAAAUGAAACUAGUCUCGCAUCUCAAAAACCAGAAACAUACGCCCUUCAGAUGCAUGGAAUGUCCACGAUCAUUUACGAGACAGAAGAAUCUCGUCAAACAUGUUCAAAGUCAGCAUACUCAACAAAAGAUUCAGAUCAAAGAAGAGGGGACACAAAGGACUACAAAUUGCAGCCCCGAAGUGGAUCAAGUGGAUCCAAAGGCAAAAAUUAAAUCCAAAGACAAUACGUUGAAGCAGGAGAGGAUUGUUUUUCGAAACGGGGUGCAUCUCCCGUUCAAACCAAUGGGAUGUCUGGACUGUGAUAUCGACUUCCACGGCAAAAAUGAUCUCUUUCACCAUUUUAGAAAUGAGCCACACUCCCUGGGAUUGACCAAGUAUCCCGUGAUUUGCCCAAUCCAAUCGUGCAAGAUGACUUUUUCGUCUGAAGGUCGGCUCUUUCAACACUUUAAAUUGGGAAAGCACAAUCAACCCUGCCCGUCUUGUGGAAAGAUUUUUCGAAGGGUAAGAAGCACCAUGUUUUUGAAAAAUAAUCGGGUACUUGACCAAUCGGGACAACGCUUUUUUAUGACUCCUUUCAACUGGACAUCUUCUUACAAAAGUUGUAGCCUUAAGUUAUUCCUGGACGUUGUACGAUCCUGAUUGCUGGUAUAAUAUGCCUAUGUUCCUUUCAUUAGUUUGGAUUUUACUUCUUUGCUUUGCUUCCAAGUACAGACUUCU